AUGGCCUUGGCGUUUUACGUGGCUGCUGUGGUCCGGUGUGACCAUCGGGAUCAGGGAGAAGGUAUAGAACACCGAUACGAAUACACCGAGAGGCUUUUACAAGAGGUGUCGUCUAAGGGGUCACAGGGUAAGGCACAGCCAACUGUAGACAAGGAGAUAACACAUGCAAAUGUGGCAAGAAAGUUUCGAGACCUGGACAAGAAAUGGGCUGCCGGUGGUGACACAGAAUCUGUGCUGGUUGGAUACGCACAGUUGAUGGUAGAGGGAAUAAGGCCAACUCGUACGCGACGGCAACAAGGCGUGGGACGACGGAAGGACAACUUCUCUCCCUUCUCAGCUGCGCCCUCUAGCGACUUCAGCGAUGACGGAAUGCGCCGUCUGCACAGUGCCCCGGAACUGCAGAAAGCUGAGAACACGACUCGAGUUGACGAUGACAAAAAGGCGGUUAGCUAUUAUGAACAGUCACUACAGAUGAACCGGAGUAUCUACGGUGAGGACACGGCACAUCCUGACAUCGCCAUGUCACUAAACAACUUGGGUAACACCUUUGCCGACCUCGGUGAUCACAGAAAGGCAAUCAGCUAUAAUGAGCAGCCUCUAAAAAUGAACCGGAGAAUCUAUGGUAUGGACACUGCACAUCCUCACAUCGCCAGCUCACUUAACAGCUUGGGUGAUGCCUGGAGCGACCUUGGUGAUUACACAAAGGCGUUCAGCUAUUAUGAGCAGGCACUACAGAUGAAGCGGAGUAUCUAUGGCGAGGACACGCCACAUCCUGAGAUCGCCAACUCAUUUAACAACUUGGGUACCGCCUGUUGUAAAAUUGGUGAUCACAGAAAGGCGGUUAGGUAUUUUGAGCAGUCACUACAGAUGGAGCGGAGUGUCUACGGUGAGCAAACUGCACACCCUGAUAUCGGUGGCUCACUUAACAACUUGGGUGUCGCCUGGGACAACCUUAAUGAUCACAGGAUGGCAGAUGAUGCCACCGUGAUUGACAUAGCUUGA